AUGUCAACUGAAGAACUUCAAGAUGUCGCUGAGAAUGAGAUCGAGUCCAACUGGGACCAGGUCGUAGACAACUUCGACAAUAUGGAUCUGAAGCCGGAGCUUCUUCGAGGUAUUUAUGCCUACGGUUUUGAGCGCCCUUCCGCCAUCCAGCAGAGGGCUAUCGUCCCCGUAGUCAAAGGCCAUGAUGUGAUCGCGCAAGCCCAGUCCGGAACUGGCAAGACCGCCACAUUCUCUAUUUCAAUUCUUCAACAGCUGGAUAUGUCUAUUAAAGGAACCCAGGCGCUCAUUCUCGCGCCGACGCGUGAGCUUGCGCAGCAAAUCCAAAAGGUCGUCAUCGCUCUCGGCGAUUACAUGAACAUUGAAUGCCACGCCUGCGUUGGUGGUACAAACGUUCGGGAGGAUAUGGCCAAACUCCAGGAGGGUGUGCAGGUGGUUGUUGGAACGCCCGGACGAGUGUUCGAUAUGAUCAACCGUAGGGCGCUCAGGACCGACCACAUCAAGAUCUUCUGUCUCGACGAAGCCGAUGAGAUGCUGUCUCGCGGUUUCAAAGAUCAGAUCUACGAGGUCUUCCAGCUGCUGCCCCAGGAUAUCCAGGUUGUCCUCUUGUCCGCCACGAUGCCCGCGGAGGUCUUGGAGGUUACCAAGAAGUUCAUGCGUGAACCAGUCCGAAUCCUGGUUAAGAGGGAUGAGUUGACGCUCGAAGGUAUCAAGCAGUUCUAUAUCGCCGUGGAGAAGGAGGAAUGGAAGCUGGACACCCUCUGUGAUUUGUACGAGACGGUCACCAUUACCCAAGCCGUCAUUUUCUGUAACACAAGACGAAAGGUCGACUGGUUGACUGAGAAGAUGCACGGUCGUGAAUUCACUGUCUCUGCCAUGCACGGCGACAUGGAACAAAAGCAGCGCGAGGUCCUCAUGAAGGAGUUCCGCUCGGGCUCUUCUCGUGUUUUGAUUACAACUGAUCUACUCGCCCGCGGUAUCGAUGUCCAACAAGUUUCGCUUGUUAUCAACUACGAUCUGCCCACCAACCGUGAAAAUUACAUCCAUCGUAUCGGUCGUGGCGGUCGCUUCGGUCGCAAGGGUGUUGCCAUCAAUUUCGUCACCACUGAGGAUGUGCGGAUGUUGAGAGAGAUUGAGCAAUUCUACAACACUCAAAUCGAUGAGAUGCCGCUCAACGUCGCCGAUUUGAUUUAA